AUGGCAGAGGCAAACGGCUCCGGAGUUCCCGCACAGGACAUGGAGAGCUCAAGAAAUCAUGUCGGCGCAGAAACGUCAAACAAGUUCCAACAUGCCAUUUCGGCCUGGAGAAGCCUCGAUUUCACAACUUUGGUCUCAAACCUCGACAAUACAGCCUCCGAAAUUGUUACAUACCAGAGGGAUUCAACAGUCCAGAGGAAGGAUCUCGCACAGAAGACCAAGGACUUUAGGAAAUUAGACGAUGCCACGAAGCUCUCCGAGAUCAAGGGCUUGCUAAAAGCUUACCAAACAUUCAUCGACCUCUUGACCAACCACUCCAAGUCGAUCAACUCGGCGUUCUUACAGGCCUACACCUCCCUGUCAGAGGCGCCCGACCCGUACCCGCUACUCGAGGCGUCCGUCGACUCCAUGCUGGUGUCUGAGGACACUUUGCCGAAGCUUAGCCAGGAGAACCAGCAUCUCCAAGGAACGGUUGCGAGGCUCACAUCCCAGUUGGAGGACACGGAAUCAAAAUUACAGACGGAGCGGACGGCAAGAAGGCAGCUGGAGGGCAACCUGGAGACCAAGGUGAAGGAUGUCGAGUCAUCCUGGGUGGCUGUCUUGGACGAGAAGAAGGAUAACUGGGAAGCGAAAGAGAAGGCACUAGAAGACAAGAUCGAGAACCAAGACCGGCUGCUGGAGGAGAUCAAGGCGAGUUACGAGGUCAAUCAGCGAUUGGGGCGCUCGGACGACGCCGAGAGCAGCCAGGGGGGACAUGUCACGAGCGCCGAGCUCGAGAUGGUCAACUCGGACUUGGAGAGGACGAGCUCGCGGCUGGCCGAAAUGGAGGCGCGGAACGAACAACUUCGGUUGGAACUCGCUCAGGCCAAAUCGCAAGUGCCGACACAGCCGGCGGUGGACCUCGAGGAUGACCCUGGUUAUAUGCGAGUGCGAUCGGAGAAUUCGUCUCUCAUCCGGAAACUCGACGCCGCGAGGGUCGAGAAGGAGGGCUUCAAGCGGGACCUAGACACCAAGCUCCGCGGUCUCGAACGAGAGGUCGGCCUGUUGAAGGAGGAGCGAGACGCCCUGAAGGCCAAGGUGCAGAAGUGGAGCGACUACGAGGAUGUCAAGCAGGAACUGGAGGUUCUCAAGAGCAUCGAGUUCUCCACCGGCGACGACGACGAGGCCGCGGAUCCGCAGGACGGAAUUGCCGCAACGGGCAAGGGGGACAGCCUCGAGCAGCUUCUCCUGGCCCGGAACAAGAAGCUAAGCGACGAGCUGACCAUCCUGCGCGUGUCGCACCAAGACCUCCAGAAUAGGUUGCAGGACCUGCAGGAGGAGCUGUCGAGGACGAAUGCCGAGCUGGAGAAGGCCCAGAACCUCAACGAGAAGCUUGAGAACGAGCUCUCGACCGUGCAAGCAGAAGCACCCAACGCAUUCCCAUCUGGCGCUUCGGUAGCCGGCACCUACGUGAGCCGUUACCCACCAUCUGCCGCACCGGGACGGAAGGGAAGGACAUCACCCACAUCUUCCAUAAUAAGCGGCUUCAACCCACGCGAUUCGCCUGCAGAGCCAAUGGGCGGCGGGUCGGGAAUCCUGCCGAUGAUCACGGCCCAGCGAGACCGCUUCAAGAAGAGGAACGCUGAGCUCGAGCAGGGGCUCUCGGAGAGCCACCGCACGGUGUCGCAGUUGCGCCAGGAAAUCGCCGCCCUGCAGAAGGACAACCUGAACCUGUACGAGAAAACGCGCUACGUGUCGACCUACAACCGGGCGGCCGGCGGCGGCGGGCCGGCGUCGACGUCGACAUCGUCGUCGUCGGCGUACGCGUCGAACCCGAACCCGUCGACCGUCUCGAUGGGCGGCCCGGGGAUCGCGCUGGACCGGUACAGGAAGGCGUACGAGUCCAACAUCUCGCCGUUCGCCGCCUUCAGGGGCCGCGAGUCGGCGAGGGCAUACAGGCGCAUGAGCCUGCCGGAGCGGGUCGUCUACUCGGUCACGAGGAUGGUGCUGGCCAGCCGGACCAGCAGGAACCUGUUCGCGGCCUACUGCGUGGCCCUGCACGUCCUCGUCUUCUUCUCGCUGUACUGGCUCGGCACCGCCGACGUCGAGCAGCACGCCAGCAAGCUCGGCGAGAGCGCCAUCGCCGCCGCCGUUGGCUCAAACGCCGGGGGCGGCGAUGGCUCCCAUGGGAACUGGCAGGAGGAAGGGUUCAGUGGGCAGUGA